AUGGUGCGUGGACGCAACGCUGCGAGGCUGCGUGCAGUGGUCGACCGCUUGGAGAGCGGUGCGGGGACACGCAAGCUGCCUGCGUCGAUUGCAGCACUUGAGUUUCGUGUGCCGACGAAAUUUGCCGAGCGAAGGACUUGGGAAUUGAUGCGCAGCGAAUUACCGCGCAUUGUCUACGCAAACCCCGCGCUCAAGGUGGAUGUCGUGCCACUUGGCGGGGCGGAGAAGAUGUCGGAAAGUGCAGAUGCGAACAGUGCUGCUGGCGCGAGUGUCAGUGUCGUGUACCACAACAUGCCGCGCCGCACGAUCGUGCUGGGCGAAAAAUCUGCGGGGGACAUUGCGAAAGAGCUCAUGACGGUAGCACAGUUCCAUAGUUAG